UUUAGAUUUGCGAGAAUUACGAAGUAAAUGCCCGCUUCGGUCGUCAACCCGCUGGAAAUAAUUAAGACGCAGCAUUUCCGGGAUGUGGGCUGCAGGCGUUGAAUUUAUUCGACAGACUCUUGCGACACGAGAAUUGUACGUAGCAGAAAGAAUUCUCAAUUGCUCCAUGUGGUUGGUAGCCGAUAGAUUUGCCUAGCCACUUUCCAAGGCACUUGGGGAAGCUGGGCUGUGCUGGCCACGAAUCGAUCUCUUCAAAACACCCCCAAUCCGAUCCACCCCACAACGCACGCGCGCGUCUCCUCUCGUCAUUCCUUGUUUUGAACUUGACUUGGGCGCAUGACAAGCUUCUGCUUCUUUCCUUGUGUGCUGUAAAGUCUUCCGUUUUGUUUCUUCUGUGAUUUCUUUUACGAUUUCCUUUACCGUCUUCCCUUUUGACCUCAACCUCGGUUCUUUAUCCUGGUUUACCAGUACACACGCGUUGGCAACCAACUGCCGCCUACCUGAAACCUACGAUCGCUUUUUUUCGACGUUCGUUCCGACAUUUUGAUUCCUCGGCAAACAGGGCCUUUCGAGAACAAACACAACCAAGGAUCCGAUACGAAGAAAUACGACAUCAGAGGAGGGAAUUGGGGCACACAAGCAAAAAAAGAGAACACACGACACCUGAAAAAAGAGGGGGCUCAACACAUACACACCAUGGCACCAACACCUGAAACCCUCGCUUCAACCGUGAAGCUAGCCCGGUCCGCCGCGCUCGCCGCCGCGCCCCUCGCGGCCCGCCACCUGAUGGAAACCUCUGCUCUACACAAGCGAGAACGGCCGCCGGGCUCCCUCUCCGUGACGGACACGCAAAAGGUCACGCUGGGCGUCAUCGCCGCCUACACAGUCGCGAUCGCGAUCCUGUGGAACGUCCCGUUCCUGCGCUGGUCCCUGUGGCCCUUCAAGAUGCUGGUGAUUGCGUUCCACGAGUUCGGCCACGCCUCCACGGCCUGCUGCACCGGCGGCCGGGUCGAGAGCAUCAAGCUGGACCCGCGUGAGGGAGGCGUCACCAUGAUGCGUGGUGGAAUCUCGGCCAUCACCCUGCCCGCCGGGUACCUGGGCAGCUCGCUCAUCGGCGCGCUGCUCAUCUUUUGCGGGUUCGAUAUCAUCGCCAGCAAGGUCGUCAGCUUUGUCCUGGCUGUGUGCUUCUUGUUGACCCUUUGGUGGGGCAAGAAGGACUGGCUGACUAUCUUCACGGUCCUGCUGGCUGUUGGGUUGCUGGUUGCUUGUUGGUUCAUUGCGCACGCGCAGGCUUUGAGGUUCUUUGUCUUGUUUAUUGGCGUUAUGUCCUCCUUGUACAGCGUUUGGGAUAUUUGCGACGACCUUAUUCUCCGCAAAGUCAACGAGUCCGACGCCAGCCAGUUCGCCAAGCGCUACGGCGGUUCGAGCCAGUGCUGGGGCGUCAUCUGGUCCAUCAUUUCGCUCGCCUUCAUGGCUGCUGGCAUAGUGGCUGGCAUUGCGGCAUUCCCCGACUCGUUCGCCGAGCAGAAUGAAAAGUCUCAGAGGUUCCUGCCCACGAGGUAAUAGGUCAUUCGACUAUGACAUGCAUUCGAGUUGAGGGAUGUUAUGGAACAGCAAGAAGAGAGACGGACGGACCUUUGCACUGGUUGGCAAUUACGGUUCUCCUUGCGCACUGGGCCGCAAUAUGACAUACAUCCGAUUUGUGUAGGAUACGACAGUUGGAAUGGUGAUUUCAGAUGGCCUCUGAUUGUGCCACGUUUGAUGAAAGAGGAACAUGGCAAUUCCAUGAUUGCGGAAAUUUCCGUAUGGAUGUCAUUGGAGAGUUGUGGACAUUAAGCAUUUGUUCAAUGGUGGCUCAUUCAAGACAAAACUAACGUUUACAUUAUAUACCCAAUAAAUCAUAUUAUACUGUUGUUUUUCAUCGACAAGCGCGUCUCAACGGCGGGCCGUCACUUUUGAAAAAAUUGGUAAAGACAAA